AGAAAACAGUUCAAUGAACCGCAACCUGCGCUUUUGCGUUGAAAAAUCGUUGUUUUUCUUAUCCAAUUCUGUUCCACGUCUUCAUUUUCCACUUUGAUUUGUGGAACAGUUGAUCGGAAAGCUUUUUCAUUCACAAGGCGAAGCUCGAUCACCAUCCAUGGCUUUAGACAUCCAAACCUUGGAAGACAGCUAUACUGAUUCUUGCAGGAGACAUGGCGUUUUGCCUAACACUGCUAUUUUGUCAAGCCUGUUCAAGGCUGAGCGAAAAAAGUCCUGCCAUGAACUCUGCAGCCUGGAGAUUUUAAUUGAUGACCUUAGGGAUAUUGACUUUGCACCACUUCUUGAUAUAUGUACGGACCUUGAUAAUUCCGAAAUCGAAGCUGUUGAUGUACGUACUGAAUCAGCAUGUGUAUUAAAUGGAGCAUAUGCAUUAUCAUUGAUGCGUGCUAUUAAACAAAAGCUUCGAGUAGUCAAUCUACAAGAUCUGUCUGUUGGAAGGGACUUCUUACGGGAUAUCUCACAAAGAGGUUUGGCAUGCCAAGUUUUGACAUUGAAAUUUUCACAUUUCCGUAAGCUGAACUUGGUGGGGGAGUUCAUGCACUUGCACACCCUUAGUCUUGAUUUCAGUUCUUCGCUUACCAGUUUCCAAGAGGAAUGCUUUAAUUGCAUGCCCCAUCUAAUGUGCCUCUCGAUGUGUGAGACACGGAUUACAAAUCUAUGGACAACUGUUGCAGCUCUCUCUAAGCUUCCUUCUUUGAUUGAACUAAGGUUUCAGUAUUGGCAGUGUUGCAAUGAUGCUGGAAUAUCUCUUCUCUCGAGCAGUGGGAAGUCAGAUGACACUGCAGAUUGUAGCCUUCUAAAUAAAGCUCCAUUUGUUGGUGAAUUAUGCACUGAAACAAGGGAACUGACAAAACCUAACCUAAGUGCUGAAGAUCCAUUGAUAAGGCUUUAUUCCUUUGAUGAAAAUAUUCAAAGCAUGGUUGAAGAUUCGUCAGAUGAUAGUGAAGAUGACUUUACUAACCACAAUCAUAGAUACUGGCAGUCAGAUAGCUUUUCGGGGUGGAAUUUACAACUACCUUUUCAGAAUGAGUUCAUGUUACAAAAAGAAGAUGGAGCAGAGUCAUCACAAGGUUCCUUUUCAGGGAAUAUUGCCGAUGUUUCUAUGAAGUAUAUGUCUUGUCAUACAUCACCAAUAUGCUAUGAGAAACAUUAUAGAGAAUUCAUGAUAGCCUCACUACCAAAUUUGAAAAUUUUAGAUAAUCUGCCUAUCAGAAAAAUUGACAGGGAAAGGGCUAGUGAAAUAGUUCCUCAACACUUUGAAUACCUUCCGUAUAGACGGAAGCAAAAACAGAGUGUUGUAAGUAUCUUACAAACACGGGAAAUAAAAUCUAGCCACAAUAAAGUGCAUACUUCUAAGUCUCUGCCAUCAUGUCCUUCUGGAAAUUCUCAAUAUUUUUAUACUAGAUCACUUUCUGCGGCUAAAAUGGGGUCUUCAACUUGGCCUUCCUUGCAUCCCCUUUCUCUGUCAGAAUGUAAUUUGGACAGGAGCUUACGUCCAAGGCAGUUUGAGUACCAUCCAUCUGACUCCAGCUUGAUGGUCUUUGGAACUUUAGAUGGUGAAGUAGUUGUCAUCAACCAUGAGAAUCAACAUGUUGUGAGUUAUAUCCCAUCACUUGGAGCAAUGAAUAGUGUCUUGGGUCUUUGUUGGCUCAAGAAAUACCCUUCUAAGCUUAUAGCAGGUUCCGACAAUGGUUCUUUGAAAUUGUAUAACAUCCACCAGACACCUAAAACAAGAACUAGCGUAUAUGGAAAUUCUAGUGGUGUUACAUUUGAUGAAUUUGACCAGUUGACAUCUGUUCAUGUUAAUGCCUCGGAUGAACUAUUCCUUGCAAGUGGUUACUCAAGGAAUGUUGCUCUGUAUGACAUCAACAGUGGAAAGCGCUUACAAGUUUUCACUGAUAUGCAUCAUGGGCAUAUUAAUGUUGUCAAAUUUGCAAAUCAUUCCCCGUCAAUUUUCGCUACUUCCUCGUUUGAUCAUGAUGUCAAGAUGUGGGACUUGAGACAGAAACCGAUACAUCCUUGCUUCACUGCUUCAAGCUCUAGAGGAAAUGUGAUGGUUUGCUUUUCUCCAGAUGACCAAUAUAUUCUUGCAUCAGCAGUUGAUAAUGAGGUUAGACAACUUUUGGCUGUUGAUGGUAGGCUUCACUUGGUUUUUGAUAUUGCUUCCACUGGAAGUUCCCAGAACUACACCCGUUCAUAUUACAUGAAUGGGAGGGACUACAUUAUAAGUGGGAGUUGUGAUGAACAUGCUGUUCGUAUUUGCUGUGCUCAAACAGGGAGACGCUUGAGAGAUAUAUCACUUGAGGGAAGAAGCUUAGGAAGUUCCAUGUUUGUUCAAUCUUUGAGGGGUGAUCCUUUCAGGGACUUCAAUAUGAGUGUGUUAGCGGCCUACAUGCGCCCAGGCUCCAAGUCUGAGAUUGUCAAGAUUAACCUUCUAGCAUCUGUUGACCAUACCAAGGAUGAUUUUGAUGAGCAACGCCCUUUUGCAUUCCAAAGUAUGGGAGCUUGAUAUUGGUUACAAGGCAGUAAGUUUUGCGUUCUCGCAAUGUAACUAUCCAGCUAGUGUAAAUUCAAACUUCCUCCUCCUCCUCCUUGUAAAUCUUGUAAUGACUAUAGUUGCUUGCAGAUAUGACGCGAGGGUUUAAGUUCUUAUGCCAUUGUUAGAAGUCCUUAGAACCUAGGAUAUGUUGGGACUAAUUUAAUUUCAUUAAGUUCCAAAGUGGUCCUUCAGAUUGGUCCCAUGCAUUGAAAUAGUCAUCGAAAUCCCAAUUACACCAAUUUGGUCCCUAAUAUUGGCAAAAGUAUAACAUGUUAACCCCCAAGUUUUUCCGUCAAGUGACUCCUCAUGAGACUAUGGACUAACGCAGUAUAUUUUUGCCUAUAUCAAGAAUGGAAUUGGUGCAACUGAGAUCUCGUAGUCUAGUUUAAUCCACACGGCUAAUCUCAAGAACUAUUUUGGAGUUUAAGUCAUAGUUUUAUAUAUGAAGCUCGUCUACAAACAAAAUUCAAUUGAUUAAAUUUUAUCCUUUACUUUGACCUGCUAAUUAAAUACAUACGUCACAAAGAAAAAAAAAAUUGAGUGAAAUUGAGUAACUGAGAAAUAGAUUGGUUGGAAUUUUAAGUAUGAGCAAUUUAGUGUCAUGUUAUUUAAGUUUAAAUUAUGUACAUAAUGCCAAGGGGAGUCUUAGAGUAAGGGUUGAAUAUUCUCUGUGUGAUUUUAAAGUUAUAGGUUUAAACUGUGAAAACAGCUACUGAUAUAAUUAUCAGGUUUAAUUACAUA